AUGACAUAUGUCAAUACAAUUUUUACCGAAGGACCCUUAGAGGCACAGGCAUUAGAGUUUGCUGCUUACGUUAGUAAGCUUAAGGGUGAACCUGAAGGAAAUGAACCUUUAGAGACAAAAAUAACUACAUUGUUAAAAGAAAAUAAAGUUGAACAAGUAUUUCAAAUAUUUGCAGAAUCUACAUCAGUGUUACUGGAUGCACCAGAGAAAGAAUUCGAAGCUAUAUAUAAUCUUCUUAUUGCCAUUUUAAAAUUUGCACCACCUGAAACACAUCCAUCUUUAAUUAGGACUUCUGUCAAAGGAUUAGUUGAUGUUCAAAAUGAUAAAGCAAUUCAGAAACUUAAAGUGUUGUCCACAUCACCAUUGCGUUAUGAUGUAUUUAUAGCAAUAAUUGAUGUUGUUACCAAAAAUGAUGAAAUAGAAAUUUUGCUUCCUCAAUUAUCUUGCUUAGAUAUUUGGGUUAAGGAAUGGGCAAUUACUACAGAACAAGUUCGUGAAUUAUAUUUAAAAAUCUCUGAUAAAUUAAAAGAGGCAGGUGAAUCAUAUCUUAAAACUUAUGCACAAUCUGAAGAUUUUUCUGCAGCUAAACAAUAUAUAAUUAAAGCUGUAGUUGAGGCUAUUAGAUUACCUGAAAUUUUGAAUUUUCAAGAGUUAUUUGAUUUGACUACAAUAAAAUUGUUAAAGGAUGAAGAAGGAGAACUUUUUGAAUUGUUGAAAAUAUUUUUAAGUGGAAACUUAAAAGAUUAUAAAUCUCUUAUUAGCAAAAAUCCAGGAAUCUUGGAAAAGUUUGAACUUUCAAAUGAGGAUAGUAUACGUAAAAUUCGAUUAUUAACAUUGGCAUCUCUUGCAUCUGAACAUGUUGGAAGCGAAAUUUCUUAUGAAGCCAUUACAAAAUCUUUGGAAAUUGAAGAGAGUGAAGUAGAAAUGUGGAUCAUAGAUGUCAUCCGUGCAAAUUUGAUGGAAGCAAGAAUCAAUCAACUUCAUAAGGCAAUUUUUAUCAAUAGAUCAACAUACCGAACAUUUACAACUGCUGAAUGGGAAAAACUAUCAAAUAAACUAGAAGGAUGGAAACAAUCACUUGCAGAUAUUUUACAAGUUAUUGCAAACGCCAAAUUAAUUAGGCAAAAUUCAAAUUCAAAUGCCAACUUGCCUACUACUAUUACUAAUAACGCAACCGUUGUUGUAACCGAUGGUGCUAAUAAUGUUAACAAUGUUCAAGAGGAUAUUUCGUAA